UAGUACCUCUUCACAAGAGGAUCAGACCAGAUCCAAAAUAGCGUAUGAAAUGAUUAUGGUCUAUCUAGUACAGUAUGAUCGAUCAAGUCAUUCAGUAAAGUCUCUUAGCUAGUAUGGAAUUCUAUCUAUUAGCGGGUCGGUGACGGUAGAUUGAUCCUGAGAAAUGAGUUCUUUCCUUUGUGCAUCUUUCUUUCUUUUCCCAUGUCUUUCUUGGUUGGUAAACCCAACUGGCGAUUUACAACAAACAAUCUAUAGUCAAACAUAAGUCCUGCGGGCUUGCUUUUAACCAUACCUGGUUCAGUCUGUAUGGAGGGAAUCAUUUUUUCUCAAUCAAGACCAUGUCAGAGAUUUUUGUGCUUGGCUUUUGCUUCUGUUUUUACGUAAGCGUAAACACUUGGCACGCUUAUAGGAUUAUCCAGAUAAAUGAAAGAUUACAGAAGCCCAUGACAUUUAAAAUAACUUGGAAAGACGGGUUGGUGAUAACCCCGUGGGAACGGCCUAUUGGUCCCACCCACGGCCCAUCUGACCCUUCUUCGCCUUCGGGUUCUCCAGUUAAGGAUGCCCUGGAUCUAGCGCAAGAUGUUCCCCACAGCCCCCUUGAUCAAUUUGCCAUUAAGUCAUUUCUUGAUAUGAGGGUAGGAUACUUGUAUAUCUCAUUCACAAAUCCCGCUUUCUUUAUGCUGCUAACUCUCGGUUUGGUCUUCCUGCUGUUUCAUUUGGUUACUAAAAAGGGCGGAGGAAAGUCAGUACCAAAUGCUUGGCAAUCCUUGGUAGAGCUUAUUUAUGAUUUCGUGCCGAACCUGGUAAACGAACAAAUAGGUGGUCUUUCCGGAAAUGUGAAACAAAAGUUUUUCCCUUGCAUCUCGGUCACUUUUACUUUUUCGUUAUUUUGUAAUCUCCAGGGUAUGAUACCUUAUAGCUUCACAGUUACAAGUCAUUUUCUCAUUACUUUGGGUCUCUCAUUUUCCAUUUUUAUUGGCAUUACUCUAGUGGGAUUUCAAAGAAAUGGGCUUCAUUUUUUAAGCUUCUCAUUACCCGCAGGAGUCCCACUGCCGUUAGCACCUUUUUUAGUACUCCUUGAGCUAAUCCCUCAUAGUUUUCACGCAUUAAGCUCAGGAAUACGUUUAUUUGCUAAUAUGAUGGCCGGUCAUAGUUCAGUAAAGAUUUUAAGUGGGUCCGCUUGGACUAUGCUAUGUAUGAAUGAUCUUUUCUAUUUCAUAGGAGAUCUUGGUCCUUUAAGUUUAGUUCUUGCAUUAACCGGUCUGGAAUUAGGCGUAGCUAUAUCACAAGCUCAUGUUUCUACGAUCUCAAUCUGUAUUUACUUGAAUGAUGCUACAAAUCUCCAUCAAACUUUCUUUUUUUUUUGUUAUUUUUUUAUAAUUGAAUAA